GGCUUUGAUACAACAGGCGAUCUUGGCUCUUACUGUGAAUUCAUACUAGCCCAUCUCCAAACUCAACUAUGGCUACUGUCGACCCUGAUAAUGGAUGGAGGUUCGCUCAAUGCUUUGGUGACAAGGGCGAGAUAGACGAUGUUACUGAAGCUGAUAUUAUUUCUGCCGUCGAAUUCGACGAUACUGGCGACUACCUUGCAACUGGAGAUCGUGGAGGAAGAGUCGUUCUUUUUGAACGUAACGAAGGCAAAAAAUCGUGUGAAUACAAGUUUUUCACUGAAUUCCAGUCUCAUGAACCCGAGUUUGACUAUCUAAAGUCACUUGAAAUUGAGGAGAAAAUCAACAAAAUCAGAUGGUGUAAAAGACAAAAUUCAGCUCAUUUCCUACUUUCUACCAAUGACAAGACCAUCAAACUCUGGAAGAUUUUUGAAAAGUCUAUGAAGGUUGUCUCUGAAAACAAUGUUGGCGAUGGCUCUCAAGGUCCUACUGGAAUUACCAAGGAUUCACUCAAACUUCCUAAACUGAUCCAUCAUGGUUCAAUCACUGCAGCCAUUCCUCGUAAAAUAUACCAGAAUGCGCAUACCUACCAUAUCAACUCCAUUUCUAUCAACUCGGACAACCAAACCUAUAUUUCAACAGACGACUUGCGUAUCAAUCUGUGGAACCUAGAUAUUUCGGAUCAAAGUUUCAAUAUCGUUGAUCUUAAACCCGUAAAUAUGGAGGAGCUUGCAGAAGUGAUCACAAUGGCUGAAUUUCAUCCAAGUCAAUGCAACACUUUUGCUUAUAGUAGUAGCAAAGGUGCCAUUAGAUUGAGCGAUAUGAGAGCUGCAGCCUUGUGCGACAAGCACGCCAAGGUUUUUGAAAUUGAAGAGGAUCAAUAUAACAAAUCGUUUUUUUCGGAAAUCAUUUCGUCCAUUACGGAUCUCAAGUUUUCUCGUGAUGGGCGUUAUAUCUUGACACGAGACUAUCUCACCUUGAAGAUUUGGGACAUGAAUAUGGAAAGCAAACCAGUCAAGGUGAUCAAUGUCCACGAUCAUAUCAAAACCAAGCUGUGUGACUUGUAUGAAAACGAUUUCAUUUUUGACAAGUUUGAAUGCACUCAAGUUCUUACCGGAUCAUACAGCAACUACUUUCAUGUUUAUGACUUGAAAAAUGACAAUGACAUUCUGUUGCAAGCAGACAAGAGUGCUUUUAAAGCAAAGCGAUCUGUUUCUGCAAAAUAUAAGCCUGCUGCUGGACGCAAGCUGACUCGCCGCGACGAGUAUUUCCAUGUUGACAACCUCGACUUUUCCAAGCGAAUCUUGCACCCGUCGUGGCAUCCUCGCGAAAACACGGUCGCAAUUGCUGCCACUAACAAUCUGUUUUUGUUCCAGGGAUAAGUGUGUUUUGGGGAUAACUAAUUGUUGUCUUGACAAGUCUGCUGAGCGUUUAGAAUUUUCUUAUUGUGCACUCUUGACACUCUGCCAUUUCUAUCCAGCACUUUCUUUUUUACCUUUUAUCGUUACAUGCUCAUCUCAACGACUCGCUCAUUCAACUGUCCUUUCGCCACGUUUAUUUACCCUUUCACGUUAGGCAUCCACAUCUCUACUACUAUGAGAAGUAGAUUCUAAUUUUUCCGCCUCUUUUACCUGGUCUAGGUGGUCUUUUGGUAUUUAUCCAGACCAGAAUGCCACAAUUAUGUUGCCUCUAGUCCCUCUAUACUCUCUCUAGUACUUUGUCUAUCUCCACCUAUGCACACCAUUCUUUUUAUGAUGAUCAAUAUCUAGAGUUAUUUUUCUAUUAUCUUUCAAGUUACAUUUGGAACUGACUUGGAGAAUAAGAAUACGAUGGUUUUUGG